GAAGUUGGCAAGUUUGGCCAAGAACCAUGUCUCCACCAUCGACCAACUCACCUGGCGUGCCGCAAUCAACACCUGGCUUCCAAUCGGAGUAUUCGACUGCAGAGGAAGUCCAUCGAGCCCACUUGGAAGACAAACUAGAACAACUCUUACAGAGUCUCCUCGAAGUCGGUAUCUGUACGAGUAAUGUUCAAGAAAACGCACGUGAGGGAGGCCGGACGGGUCGAGGAGAGCCCUUAGGACCAGGAGGCUUGGUCGGUAAAAAAAUAAAUGAAUCUAUUGGUCAUAUGGCAGAGCUGUACGAAUUAAACGCGAACAUCGCCUCUGAGAUUCCGAUCCCACUCGAAGUAAUCACCCAGGUCGAUCAAGGAGCCAAUCCCGAUCGAUGGUUGAAGUCCUUUGUCGAACGUGCAGCCCAUGAAAAUAUGUACACCAAUGGAAUUCUAUCAAACAUAAACCAAUACCGAACACUCCUCCAAAACAAACUGGCCGACCAUUUUCCUGAGCUACACCAACAACUGAACCAGAACCAGAACCAGAAUUCGACCAGUACGCCGCCGGAUAAGUCCGACAACCCUCCAGCAAAUUCAACUCAAGUUUAGACCAAUCAAUCAGAAGUCUUCAAUGAUGAGGUUGCGCGAUGACAACUCUCAAAAGAUCUCUGACGAUUGAGAGGGGGUCUUGAGCUUGAGCUCUUUGCAUCCAAAGCUUGGUCGUUAUCGUCCUUAUCUUUCAAGUCCCUGACUUCAUCCAACCAGAGUCUGGUAAUCGAUACCAUGGAAAGUAUUACACACCUUGACUCUUCUCGAAUCGGCGAGCGGGAGACUGACCCGCAAAGCAUCAUGGCCCACAUUCGACCAUCCUCCCAUCUUUCAUAGCCGGUCACUUUAUAGGUCGAUUAGCUUCCUUAAGAUUAAUCUCCUGAACCCUAGUGAUCAACUCGCGAUUGAUUGAUUGUAUUUUUUUGUUUUGUUUUUAUUUUACAAUUUGUUGCUUGCAUGUUGUACCAAAUCCAAACAGUUUGAUUUUUCAUUGGAGAUGUUAUGAAAUCCAUAUUAUCAUCAUU